UUAAGAAACUACUAAAUAAAACAAAACUGACAGUAAAAAUGUCAAAAAAGUUGGUUAUUAUAGAUACCGAUUGCGGUUUAGACGAUUCGCUGGCCAUAUUGCUGGCCACAUAUUGUCAUCAGCAAAACAUGAUCGACAUACUGGCCAUAACCUGUACGCACGGUAAUACCAGCUGCCAGAAUGUGGUCAAAAAUGUUGGACUAACUUUGCGCGCUUCGGGUUUAUUAGAGGGUAUCAAAAUAUAUAAGGGCUGUGAUGGACCUAUUAUUGGCAAAUAUUUGCCAGCAGAUCAUUGUGGUGCUGAUGGUUUAGGCGACGCCACUAAAGAUAUGCCACCCAUUGUUGUUCAAUUAGAGAAGGAACAUGCGGUCAAUGCAUUGGUACGACUGGCCAACGAGUAUCGGAAACAGAUAACAUUGAUAGCAUUGGGACCGUUGACCAACAUUGGACUGGCCUAUCUGAUGGACAACCAAUUCUAUGAUAAUCUCAAAGGAAUUGUAUUUUUAGGAGGAACUGUCGAUUUCAGGGCAUUGACAAACAUGAGCCCUACACAGGAAUACAAUAUUAUUUGCGAUCCCGAAGCCUGUCAUAUAAUGCUAACUAAUGCCAACAACUGUCCCAUUACUAUUGUACCGGUUGAAUGCUCAAUGGAUACAUUAAUUACCUGGGAAAUGUAUGAGAAAAUUAUAAAUAUUGGAUCAGAAAAAUCAAAUUUUAUUAAAACUAUAUACAAAAUGGAUUACAAUAGAGACAAAUCAGAUCCCAUAUAUAAAGGCAUUAUAUCACCGGAUAUUUUAGCCAUAAUUGCAUUUGUUUACAAAGAUCUGGUUAUUGAUAAACAAAGCUAUCGGACAACUAUUGAAUUAAACGGUCAAUUAUCGAGAGGACAGUUGGUUUUGGAUAAGCGAUCGGGUUUUAGAUUUGAAUCGCCCGACUGGCCAUUGGUUACAUUUAUCAAACAAAUUGACAAUGAUAAGUUUGAUCAACUUUUACUAAAAUUUAUUGCCUAA